GCACACAACGCGCACUUUUCGCCCGCCUUGAGGUGUGCACCUGUGAACACAUCAGUGAACGCCGCCGCACUCUCCCUCCCUUGUCUCUCCGCCACUCUCCACCCACCACCCCAUACACACCCACACACAUACAUACUCCACCCUACCACGAACCGACUCCGACCACCCACCCACACACCCCUUCGUUGCCCUCCUGGCUUCAGCCGCCAAGAGAGAGACCUCGCGGACAAGGAAGGCAACGCCUACACUUCCUCCAGCAAACCACUGUACCUCCAUCCCCACAUCAAUAACAUACAUCACAACACCCCUUUUGCCGCCUUCGUUCACCUCCACCCCUCCGCUCCUUCAAAGCCACGACCGACCACAUCCCCGUCGCCCCCCCCCCCUACACGCACACACACACACGUCCCUAUCACGUGUAGCGACCCUCCACCAUGGACCAAGGCGCCUCCCAAGACACCUCCGGGUACGCCGACCUUGAGCUGACAGAGCUCAAACUGCCUGUUGCCGGCGCCGUCAGCAACACAGUGGCGCGCAUGCACUGUCUCACCCCGCGCUCGUCCAAGCUUGCUUCGCGAUCCACCGUCGAGUCCAACUCGCGGUCGCCGUCGUCGUCGUCAUCGGUGCACACGCCGGCUGCAGUCACGCUCAACGAGCACCCACAUCAGGGAAACCACUGCCAAUCCACACCCGUCUCGUUUGCGCCCGUGAGCUUGUCGCCCAUCUCCGCCACGCGGCCCGUGCCACGCCAGGGCUUCAACGACCACAACCAGGCCACAUCCACACUCGUAGACAACAACGGCGAGCCACCAUGCAAGCGCCCGGCCCUGUCCACUGGCCUCUCCUACAGCACGGCGCUCCCUGGCCCAACGCACCACUCCCUGCUCGCAGCAGACAACAGCCACAACCACAACUACAACCACAACCACAACCACACCCACAACCAAACCCAAAGCCAAACUCAAAGCCACAACCACCAGGAGCAUCAGCCUCUUCUUCAGCAGCAACAGCUGCAGGCUCAAAACGCGCACAUGCCGCUUGGCCAAGACAGCGCACACCCUAACUACCAGCAACAUCAUCAUCACCUUCAUCAGCAUCACCAGCACCAGCACCAGCAGGAGCAGGCAGUCAACUCUCACGCUCUGGCAACGACAAGCACUGGCGCAGCCGCGGCAAGCACAUUCCAACCCCCCGUGGCCAAUGGGGAUAUGGCCCAAGCACCAAGGCACCACCAUGACACACACCACCAGCACCAACACCACCAACACCACCAUGACACACACCAUGACACACACCACCAACACCACCAACAGCAACAGCAGCAACAGCAGCACCAGCAGCACCACCAUCACCAGCAGCCAUUCAGCCCUGUGCACACGCACCAACUUCCCAACCCUCCUCAUGCGAUUGAGGGUGUGCCAACGCCACCAAUUGCACUCAGCCGCCACGCCUCGGCCUCAAACAUGGCAUCGCAAAUCAGCACGGCAGACAUCGUAACUGAGCAGCCGGUGGCAGAUGCUACAACUGCUGGCGUCGUGACAACUACACAACCAACACAACCAACACAACCAACACAACCACACCACCAAUACCCGUUUGUUCCCUUCCACCACCAACAGCAGCAGCUGCAGUACUUUUACCAACAGCAGCAGCAGCAGCAGCAGCAGCAGCAGCAGCAGCAGCAGCAGCAGCAGGCACCAUACCAGCAGCAAUAUGGAGAGCAGUCGCACCAAGAUGCCUACCUCUCACACAACCCGCAGCAGCAGUACAGCAGCAACAAUUACAACAACUACAACAACUACAACAAUGGAGCAGCAACAGGUGAUGCCAUGACAGCAGCUGCAACAGCAGGAAGCAGAGCCCAACCACUCUCAUCAUCAUCGUCGUCGUCGUCACUGCCAUCGUCAUCGAAGCAGCAUGCCAAGCAACUGGCUGGCCCCACGCACCGCCGCUUGUUCGUGCGUGAACCAGAGCUGCCUGCCAUUGCUGUUGACAGUAGCAUUGUUGAUGCGCCACAGGCAACGCCGCACAACGCCAACGCCCGUAGCACCCAGGUGUCCCCGCAGAAGAAGGAAGCGAAGCCCACCAAGACGCUCGUGGGCCUGACACAACGUUUUGCCGGCGCAUUGCGUGAUGCCUCUGAUGAACCGCUCGAUUUGAACUUGGCGGCAAAUGUCAUUGGCGUUCCAAAGCGCCGCAUCUACGACAUUACAAACGUCAUGGAAGGCAUUGGCAUGAUCAACAAGGUUGCCAAGAACAAAGUUGUGCUGACUCAGGCCUGCCGCGGCCGCAGCGCUGAAGAGCUCGAGAACAUCAAGGCGGAACUGCGUGCGCUGCAGCAGCAGGAGCAGGAUGUCUUCAGCAAAGUGCACGCCAUGUUUGACCAGGUGUCACAGCUCCGUGAAAAAUGCGCAAAACACGCAUUUGUUGAUCGCGAUGAUUUGCGUGGUCCGCGCAUUCUUCCCGGCAGUGGUUACAAAGCAGUCGUCGAGGCCGUCGCAGACACAGAAAUUGAGGUCGAGUGCCCACGCAACAUC